GAUAAUCGUGCUUUUGUUUUGCUUUGAACGUCUGAUGAUGAGAUAAGGAUCUCCUCGUAGCGGGUAUUGAGACGUUUGGAGAGGAGAGACGGUGUGAUGCUGCAAGUUUUGAAUAACACACUCGUUAUACAAAUUUGGGUUCGAUUAUAGAAUGCUGCUUAAUAAUGAGGUGUUCGACUGGCUUAAAAGAGAAUUAUCUCAAAUUACUGGACGCAAUUACGUAAUUAAGAAAAGGUAUCCGAUGCACGAGUUUAAUAGGAGUAAGAGCAAAACAAAACAUCAUCAAUUCCUAAUAGCAGACGACGCAGCAACAGCGUGAGAGAGAGAGAGCGAGAGAGAGAGAGAGAGAGAGAGAGAGAGAGAGAGGAGAGACGGAGCGACACUCUCAUUUGUCUUCACUUCAAAAGUGUCCUCCGCCCGAGUGAGUUCUUUUGUUUCCGCACUGACUGACGACAGCGCGAUAAUACCGGCAUGCGAUGACAGGAUCACUCGUGCUAUUAUAAUAAGCAAUACAGGAAUUUUUCAUCCCGAAAUCAUCCUUUGCGUGGAUUGCUGAUUCAUGGAGAUUGAUUAUUGCGGGGCCGUCGCUACUCCGAGUACGCAGGAUGACGAUAACUUACCAGAUGAUGCCCUUUUCGAUUCUAACGACGCGAAAUACGUAGCCGAGUUGAAAACUUUUAUAUCGUCGGAAAACGCGAUGAAUUACCGCGAUGAAGAAAUUAUGCCCGACAGUACCACAGAAGGAUACGCUAUUUUGCUCUCAGAAAACAGUAAUAAUGACGAUAAAAUUGAAAGCUCUAUCAGUUUUGGAGAAUAUUGCAAUAAUAAAAAUGGUACUGAGGGCGAAAAUAUUCAGGAGAUUGAUAUCAAAGAAGAAGAAGAAGUUGAUGAUGUUAUAAUGGUUUCUAGUCAAGGUCAUUCUAAUGAAGCUAUUGAAAUGACGGGUGAUGGAAGUGCAGAAAACUUGAUGCCCAGACAAAGACUUCAUAAUGAGACUCCUAUUAUUGAUGAAAAUAAUGCUGAAAAAAAUGACAUUCGCAAUGCAAAUAAUUUCAUUAAUCGACAGAGGAGGAAUGAGAUAUUGAACUUUCUUCGAAUGUAUUGCACCGAAUGCAUUAAUGUAGGCAUAAAUAAGGGUCUUCCAGGGCCAAAAAGAAAAUGUGUUAAAUGUAACAGAAUGUUGAGGUUUAAAUGCUUGAAGUGCAAAGAAAGAUUUAAAAAAUAUCACACUGCUUAUCAGCACGUGAAGUUUAGGUGCAUUCAUGAAACGCUUUUAAAAUGCUUCAAGUGCAAUUACACGACGCUAGACGAACGCAACUUAGCGUAUCAUACGAAACAGUAUCAUGACAAUAAUCAAUGCUCAAAAUGUGGUGAAAAAUUCGAGAAUUAUGCAACAUUGAAGAAACAUCGAAUACACCAAUGCAAAUUCAAAACUCUGAAAAUUAAAAAAAAAUUAGAUGUUUACAGUAAUAUGGAACACUUUUGCGAGAAAUGUGAUAAAAUCAUAUCAAAAGGGCAACGUACAUUUUAUAAAAAAUGUGAAGAUUGUUUCCAAUACUCAUGUAUGCGAUGUACAAAUUGUAAGCUUCUUUGCAGGAAUAACAUGGCUGCUUAUACACAUUUAAAAUUUAAAUGUCCAGCCUUCGCGUUAAAUUGUCAUCAUUGCAAUUAUAAAACAUCAGAAAACUCAGUCCUUGAAAAGCACCUACAGGAUUUACACUUGCCUAAAAAAUGUAAACUAUGCAACAUCGUAUUAAGUGGUAAAAUAUCAUUAAAACGACAUAUGCUUGAACUUCACAAAAAGCAAAAAGUUACGAUGAACGCAGUGAAGAACAGUUGGCUUGAAACGUUUUGUUCGAAAUGUGACAACAUUUUGGAGAGAAAUAAUCAAACAACAGAAAAAUGUUUUGAUUGCACAUCAGAUAAAGUCUUGUAUCAGUGCAAGGUUUGCUUAAAGAGAUAUGCUUAUAAAUCUAGUAUAUAUAGCCAUUACUACACUGUACAUAGGACAUCUGAUAAGAGAAAAAAAAGCGCUUGCAUAAAAUGCUCUAUUUGUGAAAAUAUUAUUCCUCUGAAAGGCCUUCGCAAGCACAUGAAAACAACUCACACUAUUAUAAAUUGUAAAAAAUGUGGUGUGAAAUGUGAAAAUUAUGAUUUUUGGAUGAAGCAUAAAGCAGAGCAAUGUAGCUCCAAGGACGAUGACUUUGUCAAAUGUUCUAUAUGUGAUUUUUUAACCACAAACAAAAAUUUAUACAAGCAUAUUAAGUAUCAACAUACUGCUAUUGAUUGUCAAAGGUGUGGAACGAAAUUAGAGAAUUCCACCAAAUUAGAAGAGCACCUUCGCAAUGAAUGUGUUUUUAGAGACAAAGCUACCAUUAGGUGUCCUACAUGCAAUACUUUAUUGAAAAGGAAAAAUUUUAAUAAACACAUGUAUGAAGUUCAUACCUUUGAUGUUUAUCAUAACGUGACCCAAAGUGAUGGUAAUAGUCACAACUGUACUUUGUGUGGUUGCAUAUUUUUUACAGCUAGGGAACUCACAAAGCACAUUAAAUACGUUCAUGAUACUUGGACAUGUUCUCAAUGUGGUAUGAAAUGUGACGACUAUUAUUGUAUGAGAAGACAUCAGGCCUACGAAUGCAGUUCCAACAACAAUUGUAAAAAAACAGAUAAUAUCAAUGUCUAUUGUUCAGAAUGUUGCGAGUCUGCGAAAUUGAUCUAUGCUUUGAAAGUAUCAAAAUGUUCAGUUUGUCAAGGUGUGCUCCAAUAUCAAUGUGGAACAUGUAGGACCAACUGUAAGAAUUACAAAAAUGUGAAAGCACACAUAAGAAAAGUAUGUAGUGAGAAACCAUCCUUGUCUUGUCCAUACUGUGAUCACAAAGAGAAAACAGAGUCUCUUUUAGAAAUACACAUAAAAAAGUGUAUUAAUAGUAACCAGAGCAUUACAUAGAUUUUACCUUGUGUUUGUAUGAAACUUACAAACAUGUAGUUUAAUAUUAGAAAAAUUAUAUUUUUUAAUAAAAAGAAACGUUAUGUCAAAUACCGUAAUAUCACCUUGUAUUGAUACAAAAUUAAUAAAUAUUUUUGUCAAUCUAUAUCUAUAGAAAAA